AUGGUUUUUCUGGGUUCAUGUCAAACUUUAUCUGUUUGCAAAGAUGCAGCUGGAAUCGCGGGUAACAUCUUUGCUUUGGGGUUGUUUGUAUCUCCAGUGCCAACGUUCCGUAGAAUAAUCAGGAACGAAUCGACAGAACAAUUCUCGGGGUUGCCAUAUAUAUACGCGCUCUUGAACUGCUUAAUCUGUGCCUGGUACGGUUCGCCUUUGAUAUCUUCUGAUAAUUUGUCGGUUACCACCGUAAAUUCGGUUGGUACAGUUUUCCAGAUAGUCUACAUUAUCCUCUUCAUAAUAUACGCUGAGAAAACAAAAAAGGUGAGGAUGGUUGGAUUGCUAUUGGCAGUCUCCGGCAUAUUUGCUGUUAUCGUCAUUGGGAGCUUGCUCAUAAUAGACGUUGAAGUUCGUCACCUCACCAUUGGGUUCCUGAGUAGCGCUUCCCUCGUAUCAAUGCUGGCUUCCCCUUUGUUUAUUAUUAAUCUGGUGAUCAAAACGAGGAGUGUUGAAUUCAUGCCGUUUUAUCUGUCCCUCUCCACUUUUUUGAUGAGCACGUCUUUUCUUUUGUAUGGAAUCUUCAGUUUCGAUCCCUUUAUAUAUGUCCCAAAUGGAAUAGGAACUGUUCUAGCAAUUAUACAAUUAGUUUUGUUCUCUUACUACAAAAAUGCAUCAGGAGAAAACUCCAGCGUACCUUUAUUGGCGUCCCAUGGCAUGAUCAAUGGAAAGGGAAGAGUUAAUUCUCAGACUUGGACAGCAGUUGAGGAGCGGUGGUACUCGAGUUCAUGA